AUUUAUCAACCCCCCUUUGUCCCGAUCUUGGCCAGAAUUGGAGUGGGCCAGCUAGCUGAUAGCGUUCCGCCCGAAACCCCCGUCCUUGCCCUUGCCCCUCGUCCGCUGGGGUCACCUAAUCUCGAAUCCCGCGACGACUGAUAAGCGCUCACUCCAUUCUGACAACAAACCAGUGCAUUUUCCUUUACAUUUCGGCUGACAUGGCUCAAAAUCAAAGCACGGAAGUGCUGGUCUUUGGCUCGGCCAUCAUAGACUUUAUAUGCUACACUCCCCGCCUGCCGAAACCGGGGGAAACCCUCCACGGGCACCGCUUCCAAACCGGAUAUGGCGGCAAGGGAGCCAAUCAGUGUGUGGCCGCCGCUCGCCAGGGAUCCCGCACAGCUCUGGUGGCCAAGCUGGGUGCGGACACCUUCGGCGCCGAUUACCUGCGCCAGCUGCGCGAGGAACACAUCAAUGUGGAGCAUGUUCAGCAGCUGGCUGGCCAAACGACGGGCGUGGCCCAGAUUGGAGUAUCCGAUGGCGGCGAGAAUAACAUCAUCAUUGUGGUGGGCGCCAAUAGCCAGCUGAGCCCCUGCGAUGUCGCCCAGGCGGAGGAGCUCUUCCGGGAGGCCAAGGUUCUGGUCUGCCAGCUGGAGACGCCCGUCGAGGCCACGCUGACGGCCCUGCGCAACUUCCAGGGUGUCUCCAUUGUGAAUGCAGCUCCAGCGAUGGUGGAUACCCCACCGGAACUGCUCCAGCUGGCCAGCAUCUUUUGUGUGAACGAAAGCGAGGCGGCACUGAUGACCCAAAUGGACCAAAUCGAGACUGUCGAGGAGGCCAAAAUUGCAGCCGGAAAGCUUGUCCAGAUGGGCGCCAACACGGUGAUCAUUACGCUGGGCAAACUGGGAGCUGUUUUUGGUUCCGCCAACGAGGAGUAUCGGCAUGUGGCGGCGCCGCAAGUGCCGCCGGAGAAGGUGGUGGACACCACGGGAGCCGGAGACGCCUUCAUCGGCGCUUUGGCCCACAACCUGGCCCGUCAUCCGAAGGCCCAGCUGGAGGAGCACAUAGCCGCCGCCUGCGCGGUGGCCUCGCAAUCCGUCCAGCUGCCCGGAACGCAGGCCAGCUUUCCGCGUUCUGACGUACAAUAAAUCUAUCUAUCUAUCCA